AUGGUAACUCGCGCCUCUAGUGUGCCCCAACUUACUAGCAGCGGUGGCAGUAGUAGUGGUAGUUAUAAGGGAUCUAGUGGUGGGCGUGGUCGUCCUACAAAUCAAAGAGGUAACCGUUCAACCGGUGGUAAAUCGGUUACACCAAAUUCUCGUAGUCGCGAUCAAAAUCAGCAUGGUCCCAUAGGACCGCGUUCACGAAGUCUUGUAAAUGGUAUGCGUCGUGUUAGUCCUCAGAAACAAUCGGUGGGCAGUUCAGGUUCCAGAAAUACUCCUGUCUUCUUACGUUCACGCGAGAAUGAAAUUGGCAGUGCUGAUACAUUGGAAAUAGUGGCUUCAAAAUCAACGGGUAGUGAGCCCUCAACACCAGAAGACAACAUUAAUGUGGUGGUCAGAGUACGACCUUUAAAUGAAAAAGAAAAACGUGAUAGACUUGGUUCUAUACUACAAUUUCCUGGAAAUGGCCAAAUAAUUAUUGAAAGUCACGAUUCGGCCAAAAGUCGUAAUCGUGAAAGUGUGCGCGUCUUUACCUAUAAUGUUGUUUUCGAACCGGGAGCUACUCAGGACGAUAUACUUGAUUACUCAGGUAUCAAGCGUAUUAUUGAAAUGGCAAUCGAGGGUUUCAGUUGUACAGCAUUUUGUUAUGGCCAAACCGGUUCUGGUAAAACCCAUACACUUACCGGACCACCCGAGUUGUUUAGUGGUAAACCAAAUCCUAAAGAUCGCCGGCAUGGUCUUAUCUUCCGCUCGUUUUUGUACCUCUUCCAAUUGCUCAAGAAUCGCAAAGAUACAACAUAUGUUUUGAAGGCAUCCUUUAUGGAAAUCUACAAUGAACGGGUUAUUGAUUUGCUUAAUCCAGGUUCGGCACGUAAACCUCUCGCAGUACGAUGGUCCAAAAAGUCGGGAGGAUUCUUUGUUGAAAAUCUUUUUACAGUGGAUUGCGAAGAACUAGAUGAUUUAUUGGCUGUAUUAGAAGAAGGCAUGCGCAAUCGAGCUGUGGGAUCACAUGCUAUGAAUGAUCAUUCCUCCAGAUCACACACUAUUCUAACAGUACACAUAAUAUCGGAACAGCAAACUGAUAAUGGUGUAUUUUUAUCUAAACAUGGAAAAAUCAAUUUUGUGGAUCUGGCCGGCAGUGAACUGACCAAAAAGACCAUGAGUGAAGGCAAAACUCUAGAGGAAGCCAAUAAUAUCAAUAAAAGUUUAAUGGUAUUAGGUUACUGCAUUGCUUCACUCAGUGAUAGUAAAAAACGCUUUGGCCACAUACCCUAUCGAGACAGUCAGUUGACCAAAUUAUUGGCUGACAGUUUGGCCGGAAAUGGUGUUACUCUCAUGAUAGCUUGCGUCUCUCCAGCCCAAUACAAUUAUGCUGAAACCUUGAAUACAUUACGUUAUGCCUCGCGUGCUAAGCGCAUACGUACCAAACCCGUCAUUAUGAUGGAUCCAAGAGAAGCCUUGAUUCUUAGCCUCAAGCGGGAUGUGCAGUCCUUGCAAAUGGAAAAUGAACAUUUAAAGGCGGCCUUGAAUUUACAUCACAACUCAAUCAAAGAAGUUGGCAUUGAGGGUGCAGAAAUUGUGGAAAUUCCAACAGAUCAUGGUGGUGUUAUACCUAAAGUAGAUUUGGAACGCUUGCCCGAAUUGGAUGGCAGUGAACUGGCAGAAUUGGUGAAAUUGUAUAUGCAAGAAAAUGAAGCGUUGAGACAGGAAAACAAUCAUCUGUUUACUGUGCGAGAGACUAUACUCAGGGAUCAGGAAAUUGUGUGUCGAGAAAACGAACGUUUGCUCAAGAAAUUGGAAGAUGUUAAUAAAGUUUGUGUUCGUUCUCCUCUAAUACCUGCCAGGCCAGCACUAUCGUCAGCUUCAGGCAGUGAAACAGCUGGAACAGAAAUUUGGACAAAUCCUCAGGAUUCCCAAACGGAUGAGGAAAAUCCUCCCAAUUUAAAAGGACGUAUUUCGGAAAAUAAUGAAAAACGUACGAAUGAAGAACAGCGACAAAUCGAUCAACACCGUAUUGCUCGUAAUAUAUUGGAAAUGGCCAAUAAUUUUCCCAAACAAGUAAUGGAGGAAAAGAAGGAAGAAAAUAAUAACCAACCGACAAAAGCUCAAACAGUACAAGAUGAUUUAAAUUCUCAUGUCAAUGGUUUAAUGCCAGACAUGUUAAUUUAAGAAUUUUAAUUAGAAGGAACCAAUAUGAAUUGUUAUCAAUAAAAAAUAGUUUCUAGUGUUGUAAGAGGUUUCAAAUUUUUAUAAAAUCACAUUUUAUAUAUUUAAGGGUUGAUACGAGUAUACAUACAUAUUUAUUAUGUAAUUAUUUUUAUGAUGCAAUGAGAAUG